GCAUCUACAAGUGCCACGAGGGAUACGCUUUGCCCCUCAGCCAGUUUGCUUCAUCAUCAAUGCGUGUAUGUCAGGCUGAUGGAAUUUGGUCUGGGACAAUACCCUAUUGUGAAGUAAUGGUCAAACCAAAAGUACUUGAAUGCCCAACUAACAUCACCCACCAGAGUAAAGAUUUUUACGCCAUUGUGACACUUCCAAAACCUCUGUUUUUGGACCGUCUUGGGCUCCCCCUCACGUAUGACUGCGGAAGAUACAGAGAUGCCAAUGCCACAUUAUCAAUCGGUGAACAUGUCAUAUCGUGUCGUGCUGUUGAACCGGAGUUAUUAACCAUUGCAUAUUGCACUUUCACAGUG